AAAAAACAGAGUUCCCAUUCAUUCAGAUAACGCCGGGUUAUUGAGGACUUUUCCUCUUGGCUGAGGUUGGAAAACGAGAUUCAUGCUGCAGGAGAUCCCGAAGCAUGCGUUUAACUCAGUCGCAGUUUUACCGGGACGUCGAUAUCUCCUUGCGGAAAGCUGUGAUAUGUGAGGAAUUAUUAAACUAAGCUGCUUGCCAGCCACCGGUGCGAACCAGCGCGUGCGUGCGUGUGUGUGUGUGUGUGUGUGUGUGUGUGUGUGUGUGUGUGUGUGAGUGUGUGUGAGUUAGUGAGCGCGAUCUUGCCACCUGUGGCUGAAUUUCACCCUUAAAACCACACGAGUUUUUCUAAUAGAAGAAACAGGAUGUGGCGAGUGUUGGUCAGCGGGGCUGUGCUCUUCCCCGGCUUGUUUAUAGUCUUUAGGAAAACACUGCCGGUCAUUUUCCGGCGCUGGAGCGAUGCCGACGUGGUGUUGGUCAGCGAGAGGCUGGUCUCCUCUGUUCACGCCAUCAUGGCCACCAUGGCUGGAAUCAUUGUGGUGUCCUCAUGCAGAGAAAACGUGAUAACAAACAGGCACUGGCUGGCAACCUCGUUUGUCCUUAGUUAUGGAGUACCCUACAUGGCGUAUGACGUCUUUGCCAUGUACCUGAGCCACUACUACCGUUUCCAGGUUAAAGGCCAUGAGGAUUACCGAGGACACUCACUGAGGACGAUCAGCUUAUUUGUGAGGAAAGAGUUCCUGCUGGUCCUUCAUCACCUCGCACUCCUCACCAUUCUCCUGCCUAUUGCACUGUUCUUCAGGGAGGACCAAGGUGAUUUCUUCAUUGGCUGUCUCUUCCUUACAGAAAUCAGCACACCUUUUGUUUCACUGGGCAAAAUUAUGAUUCAGGUGGGCCUGCAAGACUGCUGGCUGCAUAAAGUGAACGGCUGCAUGGUGCUGCUGAGCUUCUUCCUGUGCCGCAUUGCACUCUUCCCCUACAUGUACUGGGUUUAUGGAGAGCACUACAGCCUCCCGCUCUACUCUGUGCCCUUGCACAUCCCUCUCUACGCCAACCUGGGCAACAUGUGCAUCCUCGCGCCCCAAGUCUACUGGUUCGUCCUGCUCUGCCGAAAAGGCUACCGUCUUUAUAAGCGCCAGCACAGCACCAACCACCAAGACCAGACUUCAUCAAUUCAUGCCAAGGCUGAAUAGAAUAAGGAGAUCUUGUAAUGGCGCAGCGAGAAGCAAGCGCUCACAUAACUUCCGGUACAGAUUAGCAUCAACUACAACUGCUUCUGCUGUUAGUUAUUCUGCGAAAGGUCUACUAGUAUUUCUCUGCACACACAAACACAUACAUAUGGCUGUUACAAUCUUAAUGUGCUGCGAUUAAUUGGAGUGAACUGGUCCUCUCUGCUGCAGGAGAAUGCGUGUGGUCAUACUGGUGCUCUGCCUCACGGUAUUACUUUAUGAUGUAUGGGCAGGGAGGGAGACACGAGUGAAAAGAUCUCAGGCUGCGUUGUGUCCUAUACUCUUUCUGUUCUGCAGACUGAAAGACUGUUAACAAUUUGGAGUGAAGUUACUAUUUUUUCCUCUUCUACAUCUUCUCAGACUCUAAUGUAUGAAUGGUGUUUAAACUAUGAAUAACCUCUACUUUAACAUUUAUCUUUUUGUAUCAGUUUCAUAAACCUUUAAACUUUACAUUUUUAGACGCCAUCUUCAUUUCCCAUUGCUUGGCCUUAACUUUCCAGCAUUUCUUUUUUUGUUGUUGUUAAUGGCUGCUUUAUAUUUCUGUGUGUUUCACUAUAAGACUACCUUUUAUGACUGCAUAUAGUCUUCCUUAAAGAUUUUAUAUUUGCUACAUGUGGAAUUAGAGGACACUCCAGUUCCUCCAGUCCAGAAGGAGGCGGCAGAGUUUCUGCUCUCAUGCUGCCAGGAAGUGUUAUAAAGCAUAAAGCUUUGUUAUAUGAUACAUGAUGCAUAUAAUAGCUGUAAUUUUUUAGGUCAAUUAAGCACCACAUCUCACAGCACCAGUAUAGGCGAAAACUAUUUUCUCAAAAUGGGAUCAUUUAUUUAUUUUAACAAAUACUAUUUCAAACAAAUCAUGAGCUAAACAUGGUUUUCACCUUCCAGAGGCAGAGUAUUUCAACUCAGGACAGUGUUUGUGUAGAAACAAGCCAUUACACAAGACUCAUUUAAACCAGGUUGGAGGUGACCAGCUGCCCAUACAUUUGAUGGUUUUUAAUGUAUGAAUUUGUUUCAGGACGGCUUCCAAGAGCAUUGUGCAUUUCAAAAGAUCACAUGGAAAAUUUAUUUUAUUACUGUAAUUUCUAUAUUGCUUAUAUACCUUGAAUAUGCUAGCCUAGUGGUCAGCUAGGUAGGUUACUGAUCAAAAGGUUGUGAGUUUGAAUCCCAGGUCCACCAAACUGCCAUUGCUGGGCCCCUGAGCAAGGCCCUUAACCAUCAAUUGAUCAUUUGUAUAAAAAUGAGAUCAACUGUAAGUCGCUCUGGAUAAAUGCCGUAAAUGUAAAUUCUUAUAGUCUAUACAAAGAGUUACGUAAAAAUCUACACAAUUUCCUCUUACUCUAAAUGUUAUGGAUCACCGGAGACAUAUUUGACGAUCAGUCUUGUUCACUGGAGCUGGGAAAUGUAUAUAAUGUAUUGGAGGCAGACAUCUUGAGCAACUAGACACAUUACUGGUUAGCUACAUUACAGUGUAGCUCCGGUGCAAAAUUAAGGCUAUAAACAUCAGACACGAAACAGAUGACUGGCUAAAAUUCAGAGUAAGUGCAGAAUUGUGUCAAAUAAAUAUUUUAAGGUACCCUGGGAUUGUGUGCAGUUUUGCUAGAUCAGAUUGGAGAUUUAGUUUGGAAUAUUAACCCAUAACAGUAGCAUUUAUUCAACAAAUAAGUGAACUGUCUAACAAUUUUAAGGGACUUUUUGUUUAAAACACUUUUGUAUUAUGACGUUUGCUAAUUCAUCCCAGUCCUCCUAUAGUUUACCUUUACAUUAUCAGUCAUUAUAUACCAAGUCUAUAUAGAUAUAUUUGGGGAAAUAAUGAUUUGAUGCCUCAGAUGUGCAGAACUUUAAACAUCAUAAUAACAUAUACACAUACAUAGCCUUUAUUCAUUAUUAUUCCUGCAGAUUAUUCCUCCAGAGAUGGACUUUCCAACACCAUUAAUAGUAAGUCUUAAGCUUAGUCUCCUGUGAGGCUUUGUUUCUGCUCAGGGUUUGGUUUAAGACAACGUUAACUGAUCUCUACAGAGGUUUAUUAUAGAUAUGGAAGCUGAUACUGUGAACACAAAAGGUUUAAAUGGGGGGGGGGCAUGUAGUCAUUUAGUCUGGAUCUGUGCUUCGUGUUUUUUGGUGGUUUGUCUUCCAACGUGGCUUGUGUUGUAACCUUUGCAGUUGGAGACCAAAGAAUGCCGAGCACUUUACUCAACAAUAACUAAUAAACACGACUGGCCACACUAGAAACCUUUCAGUACAUCAAGUGCUUUGUAUACGCUGAUCUCUUUGCGCAGUGUUAGAAAUGAAAAGAACAUGGUCAUAUUUUGCUCUUGUUUGAGGAAAAUCUUAAUGAUGGGUUUUUUUUAUUUUUAUUUAUUAAACUAGAUCAUUUUCUGCUUUGGUCUUAACACAUCUAUGCUAGGAUGGCCUCUUCCAUCGUUUAGACUGGUGUAGGGGGUCAGUAUUAAGAUGCUUAAGUGUGAAGCAGUUAUCUUUAAUGCUGUAAUUUGAUUGGAGGAAUCAUGACAGGAAAAGGUAUGAGACAUGAGCCCAUAUUGAUCCUUAGAUCCUGUGCCUUUUGCUUAAUUUUACUGUGAGGCUCAUAUACAGCACAGGACAGGGAGCAUUCAGCAGUGUCUGUUCGGUUAUUAAGAUUCGCUGUGGUCCAUUUCAUUCCCAAGACAAAUAUAUUGCUGGAGGCAAAGUGCAAGUGGAAACCUGAACAGAAUGGUUUUUUGCCAGAAUGCUUUUUUUAUUAUUAUUAUUAUUAUUAUUAUUAUUAUUAUUAUUAUUAUUAUUAUUAUUUAUGUAUAACCCUUAUCCUAAUAAGUGUCUAUUAUUCUUUUUUUCGCUGUAUGUAUAAUGUUAGUGCUUGAUCUGCUGUGCUGUCUGUGGAUUUAUGACUGAACUCAUAAGCAAUAAUUGAAGGCAUCCUACUGUACUUGAACUACACUGUAACAGCGUCCCAUUAGUUGAAGUCUAUCCAACAUUUACUGGAACGUCUUUAAACACGUUUUUCUCCUCAUUGUUGUCCACAUUCACGUCCUAAACAAUGGAAGGCAUGGCCUUCCUUAUGCUAUGUUUGCAUUUUGUUUCCUAAUGUGAAUUCAUAUCCUUUUCUUCUUUUUUUUUUGUCACUUUAAUUUUCUCAACAACAACAACAACAAAAAAACACCUCUCCCUGCCUCUUCUUAUUUUCAUAUCGAUUUUACAAAUAUAUUUAUGUAUCAGAUUUGAUAUAUAAUGAGACUUGGAUUUGUUUGUAGUGUAACCUUUUGAGAAAUGUCUUGUUUGAAAGUAAAUGGCCUACUGCAUACGACUAACCUUCAGCCGAGAGGAAUUUGUUUGUGGAAACGUGAAUCGCCAUUUACAAAGUA